GUUGUGAUGACGUCGGUCCGCAGUGUCUGAAGACGAUGAUGAAAAUGAAGGCAGAGAGAGACAGAGAGGAGAAACAGGAGGAGAGAGGGAGGCCGGAGAGAGCGGAGAGAGGAGAGGACAGAGAGAGAGAGGAGCGGGCGGAGGAGAGGCAGGAGCGGAGCGGCUGGACCUCACUGACCGAGAGACAGAGCGAGUCUGUGGAGGAGAUCCGCGCCGCCGCCGAGACCCUGGAGCUCCCAGCAGAGCUCCCCAUAGAGGACCUGUGCUCGCUGUCCUCGCACUCCUUGUUCCCGGCGGCCGUUCCUGCCUCCACUGAGGACGUCCUGCUGAAGGGCUUCCAGAUGCUGGGCAUGGAGGACCAGCGGAUCGAGACGGCUCAGCAGUUUUUCUCCUGGUUCUCCAAACUGCAGGCCCAGAUGGACCAGGACGAAGGAGCCAAGUACAGGAGAACCCGUGAGUGUCUGAGCUGUUAUCAGGAUCAGUGUGACUCCAUCCUGACGGACGUCUCUGCGGCGCUGGAACAUCUGGACUCUCUGCAGAAACAGUACCUGUUCGUCUCCACCAAAACCGGGACUCUCCACGAGGCCUGUGAGCAGCUGCUGAAGGAGCAGUCUGAACUGGUGGACCUGGCUGAGAGCAUCCAGCAGAAACUCUCAUAUUUCAACGAACUGGAAACCAUAAACACGAAGCUGAAUUCGCCGACGUUAUCGGUGAACAGCGAGGGCUUCAUUCCGAUGCUGUCCAAACUAGACGACUGUAUCGAGUACGUCUCCUCACACCCCAACUUUAAGGAUCACCCCGUUUAUCUGGCGAAGUUCCGGCAGUGUCUGUCCAAAGCCAUGCAGCUCAUCAGGACCCACGCAGUCAACACCUUACACAACCUCACCAGUCAGCUCACCAAAAGGGACCCGAUGGGCGUGGCUAACGCAGACAACGCCUUCACACUCUACUACGUGAAGUUCAGAGCAGCGGCACCUAAACUCAGAGCGCUCAUUGAGCAGGUCGAACAGCGCUCAGAGAAGAUGCCAGAGUAUCAGCAGCUGCUGGACGAUAUCCACCAAUGUUACCUGGACCAGAGGGAGGCGCUGCUGAGCCCCAGCAUCAACUCCACCAUCACCGACUUGACCAGCCAAAGCAACAAAGACCACUGCGCUCUGGUGCGCAGCGGCUGUGCCUUCAUGGCUCACGUGUGUCAGGAUGAGCACCAGCUCUUCGGCGAGUUCUUCUCCAAACCUACGGCCAAGCUGGAUGAGCUGCUGGAGAAGUUGUGCUUGUCUCUUUACGACGUGCUGCGUCCGCUCAUCAUCCACGUGGUUCACCUGGAGACGCUGUCCGAGCUCUGUGGCAUCCUCAAGAACGAAAUGCUGGAGGAUCACGUCCACAACAACGCGGUCCAGUUGGGGGCGUUUGAAGCUGUGGUGAAGCAGAUGCUGGAGGAUGUUCAGGAGCGCCUGGUGUACAGAACCCACAUCUACAUCCAGACCGACAUCAUCGGCUACAGCCCUGCGCCAGGAGACCUGGCCUACCCUGAGAAACUGCAGAUGAUGGAGAAAAUCGCUCAGUCUCUGAAGGAGGAACAGAUGAAGCUGAUGUCACCGGACUCGUCCUUCUCGGAUGUCCAGCUGGAGGAUCCGGAGUCCAGAAAGAUCAUCAGUCCGGGUGGUGUUGAAGGCUCGCGGGUGCCGGCAACUGUUUCUCCGGCUGAUCUGCACGGCAUGUGGUAUCCAACGGUCAGACGCACGCUGGUCUGUCUGUCCAAACUGUACCGCUGUAUAGAUAGGGCGGUGUUUCAGGGUCUCUCCCAGGAGGCGCUGUCUGCCUGUAUUCAGUCUCUGCUCAAGGCUUCUGAAAUCAUCCUCAAAAACAAGAGCCAGAUAGACGGCCAGCUUUUCCUCAUAAAGCAUCUCCUCAUCCUGAGAGAGCAGAUCGCGCCCUUCCACGCCGACUUCGCCAUCAAAGAGAUUUCACUGGACCUGAAGAAAACUAGAGACGCUGCUUUCAAAAUCCUCCACCCCAAAGCUGUGCCCAAAUUUUUCCGCCUCAACAGCCACAACGCCAUCCUGGAGUUUCUGCUGGAGGGAACUCCAGAGAUAAAGGAGCACUACAUCGACUCGAAGAAGGACGUGGACCGACACCUGAAGUCCAGCUGUGAGCAUUUCAUCCAGCAGCAGACCCGUACGUUCGUGGGCAGUCUGGAGGAGUUCCUGACCAAGAUAUCAGCAUUAAAAACAAUGGCCAUCCAAGGAGGCCCGACCUACAACCUCUCCCAGCAGCCCUGGGCUCAGCCAGCGAAGAUCAAUGAUCUGGUGAUGUCCAUGUAUCGUGUUCUGAAGACCAAGCUGCCUGGAACCUUACAGAGCAUGUCUUUAUAUCUGGCGAAUAAGGACACAGAGUUCAUCCUCUUCAAACCAGUUAGGAACAACAUCCAGCAAGUGUUCCAGAAGCUGCACACUGUCCUGCAGGAGGAGUACAGCGGGGAGGACCUGCAGAUCAUCGCCUGCCCGUCCAUGGAACAGAUCAAUCUGUUGCUGUCGGUGAGUAAGUAGUGGGAUCAGCGCUGCUGUGGAAGCUCCUCGGUGUCCAGCAGAGACGGCCGGCCAUCACCCACUGGCUCUGUCGACCAGUGGGGUUCCUCUGACCUCUCACGCAGAACACUUUAAUUUAUACCAAAGACUGUGUGCUAGCACGUCUGCGUGAAGCAGGACAGAACAGUCGGGCUGGACGGGGUCGACUUUUAUACGAUUGCUUUUGGUACUGAAAAAUCUGUGUACAGAUAAAUUCUGGUGUGUGGAGAACGUUGUGUUGAGUGCGUUCUGCUCUGUUGGGGAAAGUGGGCUCCGGAUUGAGGUCUGGACUCUGGUUCUGGUGGACGCUAUGACCAUUUACAAACACACUGGGCGGCAAAAUGAACAAAAUGAGCCCUUUUGUUCGCAGAACCCGGUGUGUCCUGCUGAAACGAUACGAGUUACGUGUGUUUAUAGAGGGAUGAAAUAAUAACUCCUGUUGACUAAUGAUCCUUUGUGCUCGUGGUCUGCAGAGAUUUUGUAUUUAUUUUGAUAACAGAUUGUAUGUUUUAUGGCCUGAAUACAUUGAGCUCGCUCCCA